CUCGGAGCGACCUGCUGGUGGGUGCGCGCGACCGGUCCCGCAGCUGAGGCAGGAAGUUCAGAAGAAAUGAGAGGAAACUGGGUUCCCAGCCUAUAUAAGGCCCAGUGGCAGGCCGCUGUGUGUAGGUGUGGUCUGGCCACAUUCAUCCUUUCCCAGCCGUAUCCCAGGAAGAGGUCCAGGAAGGAGAAGAGGGCUCCAGUGCUCAUUGGGAUAUUUGAUUUUCAUGCCAGAUGAAGCAACAGCCAGUGGGGAAGUGAAGAAUGCCUGCUACCUACAGAGACUAUUGAAACACUUCCUGGAGCUGGAAGACAGCAGCCCUCCGACAGGAGCAUUAUCUCAUUAUUUCAUUUCAGUUUACAGAGGAUUUACUUCUCAGAAGUUGGGCAAGCUCCACCUCCACCAGUACACGGAUGGUAGACCACCGAGUCCUGACCAAGGUUUCAAAAACAACUCUCCUUCAACAAGUUCUGUUUCCAAGGAAAAUCUUAACCAUUUGUCCCUUCUGGCGUACCCUCUUCCAUUGAAAUCCAUGCAGAAUAGACCAGGCCCUCCGUCUGAGUGCAGGCAGAGGAAGGAGAAAGAGAAGGGAAUCCAGAAUCGGUCCAGUCUGCACUUGCCUCGCAGCACUGAGAAGAAAACGGAUUGGCAUUGGACUGCACACAACGGGAUGGGCAGCAGUGAACCCCUUCCCAUUGCAGAGGGUGACAAGAGGAAAAAGAAGAAGCGGAAGGCCCGGGCCACUGACUCCUUACCAGGGAAGUUUGAAGAUAUGUACAAGCUGACCUCUGAAUUGCUUGGAGAGGGAGCCUAUGCCAAAGUUCAAGGUGCUGUGAGCCUGCAGAAUGGCAAAGAGUAUGCGGUCAAAAUCAUCGAAAAACAAGCAGGGCAUAGCCGGAGUAGGGUAUUUCGAGAGGUGGAGACGCUCUAUCAGUGUCAAGGAAACAAGAACAUUUUGGAGCUGAUUGAGUUCUUUGAAGAUGACACAAGGUUUUACUUGGUCUUUGAGAAAUUGCAAGGAGGCUCCAUCCUGGCCCACAUCCAGAAGCAGAAGCACUUCAAUGAGCGAGAAGCCAGCCGAGUGGUACGGGAUGUGGCCACUGCGCUUGACUUCCUGCACACCAAAGGCAUCGCUCACCGCGAUCUGAAGCCGGAAAAUAUACUGUGUGAGUCUCCAGAAAAGGUGUCUCCGGUGAAAAUCUGUGACUUUGACUUGGGCAGUGGGGUGAAGUUGAACAACUCCUGCACCCCCAUUACCACACCAGAGCUGACCACUCCAUGUGGCUCUGCAGAGUACAUGGCCCCGGAGGUGGUGGAGGUCUUCAGGGACGAGGCCACCUUUUACGACAAGCGCUGUGACCUGUGGAGCCUGGGCGUGGUCCUCUACAUCAUGCUUAGCGGCUACCCCCCCUUCGUAGGUCACUGUGGGACCGACUGUGGCUGGGACCGGGGAGAGGUCUGCAGGGUGUGCCAGAACAAGCUGUUCGAGAGCAUCCAAGAAGGCAAGUAUGAGUUUCCUGACAAGGACUGGGCACACAUCUCCAGCGAGGCCAAAGACCUCAUCUCCAAGCUCCUGGUUCGAGAUGCAAAGCAGAGACUGAGUGCUGCCCAAGUUCUGCAGCACCCUUGGGUGCAGGGGCAAGCUCCAGAAAGGGGACUCCCCACGCCGCAAGUCCUCCAGAGAAAUAGCAGCACGAUGGACCUGACGCUCUUCGCAGCUGAGGCCAUCGCCCUUAACCGCCAGCUUUCUCAGCGCGAGGAAGACGAGCUGGCAGAGGAGUCCGAGUCGCUGGUCGAGGGCCUCUGCUCUGUGAGGCUCUCCCCUCCCUGCAAGUCGCGCCUGGCCCGCCGGAGGGCCCUGGCCCAGGCAGUCCGCAGAGGCGACCCGGAACCGUGCCCAACUCCCACCGCACUCUGACCCACUCCGGCCACGGCUUCCCGGACCUCGGCCCGCCCGGCGCAGCCAAAGUCUGCAGAGCACGCAGAGGAAGCUGCUCCGUGGCCCCCCGUCCUGGCCAAGGUCCUGAGGUUCCCACCCAACCCCCCAUCUCCCCGGAGUCCUCAAGGAAAAAGCUCCAUCCGGAGGGGUUGUCUUUGAAAAGGAAAGCAAUCACUUGUCACUUUGCAUAAUCGCCUGCGGCAGGGACAUCUCUGCCGGGCUCCCGCCCACCUGCUCACCCGCCUGCAGAUCCAGGAUCCGCCUGCUCUCCUGGGCGGGCGGGCAGCAGCGGGCUGGGGCUGCGGCCUUCAGGGAGCCAGGAUUGAGAAGCGGCAGUUGACAGAGGCUCUUUACUCUCCCUACACUGUCACUGCCCCCCCCCACCCCCCGCUGGUCCUUCCUUUGUCCUCCGGAUGUCCUCCCCUCGGCUGAGUGAAGCCAUCCCCUCAAUUCAGGAAAGGGCAGGGAGCCUUCCGCGUUCAGGAGGCCAGAUCAGUCUUCCAGUCUGUGGCACGGGAGAAGCACAUAAUCUUUCUUUGCUGGGACCAAAAUGUGUCCCUCAUUUAUCAUCCUCUUCCUUGUUUGGGAUUGCUGCUGAAGUCCGUAUUAUUUCGUUUAAAAAAAUGUUUGUUUUUUUAACCAUGCACCCUCAGCAAAGAUGGGACUUUAAACUCCCACUGCAGGCCGGCGGAUUUUCCAGAACAUGUCAUGGCGUGCUCUUCCUUGAAUGUCCAUGCAUGUGGAAGGUUUUAUUCAGCUGUUUCCUGUUAUUCUAAUUGGUUUUAAGCUGUUAAGACGACGAGUGACUUAGAGGCUGUGUCUGCUGGAGGGCAGCACCAGUCCAGGGCAGUUAGAAGGGGCUCCGUGCCCGAUGUAGCACCAGAUCGCAGGCAGCCCUGGUCCGAGCCAUGUGCCGGCCUGCUGCCAGAGAGCCUGAGGGCGCAUCUGGUCCCCCGAGAAGCCGAGCUGCCCAGCUGCCUAAAGAAAAUGGAUCUGUCCAAGUCAGACAGACACACAGCAGUGCUAUUAUACAGUGUGCUUGUUUUAAUAAAACUGUUUUAAAUUCUA